UUGCGCUCGGCUGGGCUGGGCUGCUGGGCUGGGGGUUCGCUCUCGCCUAGUGCGAGCCAUGGCUGCUGCAGGCAAGGCCGUGUCCCCUCCCUACCCGCACGCUGGGCUCGUCGGAGAGAGCAGCUUGAGCAGAGUCAGCUUUCUGGGGGCUCGCCUGCCCCCGGAGGUGGAAGCGAUGGCCAAGAGCGUUCGGGAUCUGGGCAAGGAAACCUUCCGGAAACUGCUGAAAGUCACAGUCAACGCAUUAGAAGGAAGAGAUUGCAGAGAAUCUGUGAAGAUGAUUGCCGAGAGCAGCAGUCUCUCAGACGAGCAGCUGGCCGUCCUCAUCUCGGGCAUGUAUACUCUUCUCAGAGGGGCCUUGAGACUUCCGCCUUCCUCUUUGAAAGAAGAUGUUUUUAAAGAAGAUCUGAAGGAGCUUAGGAUCCCAGAAGAAUUUAUUGUGGACUUCGCCACCGUAGCCUUUGGAAAUAGGCGACCCGUUCUUGAAGCCACACUUCAGAGUCAAGCCAACAAACUGCCUAGAAUCGAAGAUUUCAAGUGGAGAGUGGAUGUGGCCAUUUCUACCAGCUCCUUGGCUCGUGCUUUGCAGCCAUCCAUUUUAAUGCAGAUGAAGCUUUCAGAUGGGACAGCACAUCGUUUUGAAGUACCCAUUGCAAAGUUUCAAGAACUAAGAUACAAUGUUGCCUUGAUCCUGAAGGAAAUGAAUGAUCUGGAGAAAAGAAAUGUUCUGAAGAUUCAAGACUGAAUUUCUGGUCAUUUAGCAGUACUUGAAGAGGCCAAGAGAGCCACAAAAAAGCAUAAAAUCAGGGCAUCUUGUUUUGUAAUUAUGUGUAUUGUAAUACAACCUGUCUGGUACCUGCUGUAAAUAUUUUUCAUUUUGUGUAUUGAAAGCUGCUGUUGGGAUUGUUUUCUUUGUUAUUUUUCUUCUAAUUCUACAUAUAAAUGAAAAUGGCCUUAUCCCUG